CCUUGUACAGGUGAGCGUCAGGGUCCAAGUGGCUGAGCUCUUGGUGACUUGAAUCUGCGUAGUUAACAUUGUUGAUACAUACAACUUUGUUGUUUUAUGAGACAACGUCAUAUAGUCGAGCUCACCUUCAACUGAAAACAUGGCUCUGGGAUGGAAUACCCUCUGUGUCAUCUCGGUAGUUAUAAGUCUUGUGAUUGCCGCAGUCGACGAAGCGAAUGUUCCAGAAGCUGGUGCUAAAAAGCGUCAGUCCGCCUGGUGCAUCCACGAGUCGCUGACCACAGGGAGGGCCAUAACUCUCGGGUCUGUUGACGCGGAUGGCAAGAGUUUUGUUAGCAAAACUAUCGGUCGCAUUGUGUACUCGGCGAGCUUGAGGAAAAUACUCACCAGCACUGAAGAGAUACCUCCGACCGGCAGGGAGAUAAUCGAUAAAUACUUUGACUUCCCUGGCCAAGCGCAGUACACUGUCAUCAACAACUCAUCGUGCAGAAAGACGCUCCUCCCUCACCCCUUCAGACCUCUCUGCGUUCCAGACAACUCUACAAUGACGCUCAUCAAGUCCUACUUCGGAGUGAACGAUCAGGUGCAGUUCAUCCAGGAAUUCAUGGGGGCUAUUGACGACAUCCACUACAGGGUGUCCUUCACGCGUAUAUCUUUCGUACCUGUCUUUCUAGACAUCUGGGGAGCUAGAAAUUAUCGGAAGGUUUUUGAGACGCAAACAUUUUACAACUCCUCCCUUCACGACAUUCCCAGCGAGGUCUUUACUCCUCCCGCUAUCUGCCACCAGGUUCCCAUGACAACCGAGGUGAUGACAGAAAACUUCUUAGAGGAUGAACUGAAGUGGCCUUUUAUUUGAAUGAAACGAAAAUUGUUGGUGUAAAGUGGUGUUGCUCCUGUAUGAUGAAAUUUUGUAUAUUAUAGAACACUGACAAAAUGCAGUUUGCGGAAUGUAGUAGAAAGAGGCCAAAGACAAGGAUAAUUGUAGAGGUCCACUCUUAAUAGCUAGUGAGGUGAAUGAGGUAUUUUUUUCUUAUGGCUGAGCGAAGCUCUGUGCAAGAUAUUACUUACUCUAAUCUCGAUGAUUAUUACCCUCUUUUGCUCGAGAAAUGUACUCCUGUGACCAUCACCAUGCACCGGAAGAGUUCGAUAUCGUGAUGCCACGAUAUGUAUAAUUAUUAUUUGUUUGAAACUAUCCUGUUGGCUGCAGCCUUCAAAUAAUAAACCUAUGUAUGAACAAUA